CAUACAUUAUAGUACAACAGUGCAGUUUUCCGGGACUAGUCGUAUUUUCAUGAUAUAGCUUACAUUAGGAUUUUCACCUUGAACUAGGCGGUGAUAAGGGGCGUUUUAUCAAACAACUAAAACAAAUGUCAGCCCAUUAUCGCCAAAUGCAGGUUUAGUGGACAUAAGAGGAGCGAAUUAAGUUUGAAAGCUGCAUCGACGGUUUGAAAAAUGUCUGCCACACGAGUUCUGGUAGCCAUGGAUGGCAGUGAAAAUUCCGCUAUGGCGUUGAAAUAUUACGUGGAGAGCAUUCACAAGCCAGGGAACUAUGUGAUACUGGCUCACUGUGCAGAGUACCUGAACCUUAACUAUGGAAUGGUUUCGUUGUCCCAGGCAGACCCUUCCGUAGUGGAGAGAACAAUAAACGAGGAGGAAAAACGAAUCCACACCCUCAUUGAGCAUUUGAACAAUAUUCUAAAAACUCACAAUAUGACGGGAGAAGUAGUCCGGAUACAGGGAGGUGAUCCGGGUCACCAGAUUGUGGAAAAAACCAAGGAGAUGAACGUGGAUUUCCUAGUAACCGGGUCACGUGGUCUGGGGAAGCUCCGGCGGACGUUGAUGGGGAGUGUCAGUGAUUACCUGGUUCAUCACGCACACAUCCCUGUCAUGGUGUACAAACACACGGACAAGGAGCACGACAAACACCAGUGAACAAACCGUGGGUGUGUCUGUGUAUGUGUGAGUGUGUCUGCGUAUGUGUGAAUCAGUGUGUAAUAAGUGUGUAUUAGUACUGUGUAAAGUGCGUAGUAUUUGACUGCUGUCUUCCAGAGUUACAAGUGGUUGUGAUGUUAAAUUAUCCAAAAUUGAAAACACAUGCUUAUAUCAUUGUUAGAUGCAAGAUAAGCCAAUAAAAAAUGAUAAAAGAC